AAUCGAAUUGCAACACGACAGGGUUAGCGCGUGGCGUAUCUUGAUUGACUUUCUUCGGUGAAUUCUUUGCCCUAGGAGCCUCUCUCUCUCAAAUCGGCCGUGAGCCACCGCCUCCGACGCCGGCAAACUACUUCGCAUCUCUCUAUCUGUUGAUACCGCUUCGAUAACACCACUUUUCCUUUCAUUCCCAGGUAAAAAUGGAACCUAUGGACAUUGUUGGCCGAACGAAAGAGGAUGCUUCGCUUCCUAAAGCGACGAUGACAAAAAUCAUCAAGGAGAUGUUACCUCCAGAUGUUCGUGUUGCUAGAGAUGCUCAGGAUCUUUUAAUUGAGUGCUGCGUAGAGUUCAUCAACCUUAUUUCAUCUGAAUCCAAUGAUGUCUGUAACAGAGAGGAUAAAAGAACAAUUGCACCAGAACAUGUGCUGAAGGCCUUAGAGGUUCUUGGAUUCGCAGAGUAUAGAGAAGAAGUUUGUGCUGCAUAUGAGCAACACAAGGUUGAGACCAUAGACACCGUGAGAAGUGGGAAAUGGAGCAGCGGAGCUGAAAUGACUGAAGAAGAAGCAUUGGCAGAGCAGCAGCGCAUGUUUGCUGAGGCACGUGCUAGGAUGAACGGAGGUGCCCCAGCUCCCAGGCAGUCGGAUCCCGACACCCAAGCAAAUGCUAACAGCUAACUCAAUUAGUUUCUCCGAUCACUUAGUAGGCUAGGACACUCUUCUCUCAGGACUCCGUCUUUCUUCUCGUAUUGUGUACAAAAUGCUUAUGGGAGUAAUGUUGUGUCUCAAUUUCAGUUAGUACUCAGUCUACUGUAUCUAUACACAGAUUUAUCUGUAAUUAAAAUUGUUUCUCAA